AUAAGAGCAGGUGCUGUCCAAGAAGGAAGACAUUAAAGCAAAAUGCACCGACGUGGUGUUAUUUUCUGUGUGCUGCUUGCUUCAGUAUUUGGAGCGGAUUUUGAUGAUGAAAAAAUUAUCAACGGCAGCCCAGUGACGAUCGACAAGUCGCCUUUUCUUGCAGCAUUCGAAGCUCGGGACAACCUUUCAGCUUCAUUUUCGCAGGAGUGCGGAUCUGUAAUUGUUGACAGCCUCCACUUAAUCACAGCUGCACACUGCCUGGUGGACUACAAGACCCCAAACCUAAUGCGGAUUCGUGUCGGCACGUCACUCCUUGAAGAGGGCGGCUCUUUGUACAACGUGGCGCAGUUUUGGACGCACCCCAAGUAUAAGGUUUACGCGGCGAGCCGCGGUGGUACGUACCUGGACUACGAUAUUGGGGUGAUCAGACUGGCGACGCCCCUCAAAUUUGGGGGUAAUGUCCAGGCUGCCAAGCUCAUACCGUUGAAUCAGCAACUCGCCCAGGGAGUGAAGGUCAUUGCUGUUGGAUGGGGCGUACUCAAGUACGAUGGCCCCGAACCCAAGCAGCUUCGUCGUGGUUUGUUCAGUGUCGUGCCGCAGCCUCUAUGCAACCAGCGGAUUCAAAAAUUACUUAACGAGACUGUGUUUCCACGGUUUACAUGCACCGAAGUCCGCUCGAAUGCAGACUGUUUCGGAGAUUCUGGUGGCCCUGUUUACAAAAGAGAUAAGAACGACAACGCCGUGGCUGGAAUCAUUUCCUGGGGAACCUGUGUUGGAUUUGUACCUAACGUCGUCACGGACGUGGCUAACUCUGAAAUUCGUAGCUUUAUCCGUGAGAAAACCAACUCGAAUAUUUAAACAACGCAUUUUUUUACUAAUGGGCCAUAAAUAAAAGACUUAAAUGUGUUGAUCAA